CACGGGGGAGCAGGGGCCCCCAGAAUGAUGCCAGCUUGGGUCCACAGGCCAUCCGGCGCCGCGGUUGAAUAGGCAGUUGGAGGGAAGUCCCUCCCUCCCUCCUCUGGCCCGUCUGCUGCCCAUGCAGCCAGCACCGCCGGCCGCAGCCGCAGCAGUAGUUGGGUAGCCUCCCUUUUCUCUGCGGGCGCUCCCAGGCUCAGCCAACUCGCUGCUGCCCUGCGGGUGUGCCCAGCAUGUUCCAGUGGAAGAAGACCAUCUACCGCUCGGCAUGGCCUCUCCCUGCUGGUGCCUCGUGGCUCUGACAGUGCUUCAGCGACGGCCUGACCCAGGUCAGUUCCUUGACCCUCCCCAGUCCCACACAGAGCAUGGCAAAGUCAGGAAGCUCAAUGGGGGUGUUUCCAAUUCGAUUGGCUUCUGGAAGCUGAGCCCAAAAGGCCUCGACCCCGGCGCCUACCACCAGCAUCGGGCCCCCCCAACCUGGGAUGUCAUGGUCUCCAACUGCUCGGCCAAACAUCAACCCCUGACCGCUCAUACCUGGUUCCGGGCCCUGGAACCCCAUUUCCAACAGUUUCUGCUCUACCGCCACUGCCGCUACUUCCCCAUGCUGAUGAACCACCCGGAGAAGUGUGAGGACGAUGUCUACCUGCUGGUGGUCGUGAAGUCCCAUCAUCACCCCAGCCAUGACCGGCGGGAGGCCAUCCGGCGGACCUGGGGCCAAGAGUGGACGGCUGAGGGGGGCCGCGGGGCCGUGCGCACCCUCUUCCUCCUGGGCACGGCCUCCAAGGAGGAGGAACGAGCCACUACCAGCAGCUGCUGGCACUACGAGGACCGUCUGUAUGGGGACAUCCUCCAAUGGGACUUCUUGGACACCUUCUUCAUGACCCUGAAGGAGGUUCAUUUCCUUAGGUGGCAGAACACCUUCUGCCCCCAGGGCUUCAUCUUCAAGGGGGAUGGAGUCUACGUCAGCCCGACAACCCUGCUGGAGUUCCUGUCUGACCGGCAGCCGAGGAGGGACCUGUUCGUGGGCGACGUCUCACCGGGCCGGCCCAUCCGCAAGAAGGACAACAAGUACUACAUCCCGGGCGUCCUGACAGCAAGCCCUUCUACCCGCCCUAUGCGGGUGGGGCGGGGCUUCCUCAUGGCCGGCGGGCUGGCCCGCCGCCUCUACCGCGCCUCUGAGGGCUUAGGAGCUCUACCCAUCGACGAUGUCUUCCCUGGGCAUGUGCUGCAGGUGCUGGGGGUGCGCCCCACAGCCCACGUGGGCUUCAAGACGUUCGGCAUCAGAAAGAACAAGAACAGCCCCAUGAACAAGGAGCCGUGCUUCUUCCGCUCCAUGCUGGUGGUGCACAAGCUGCUGCCGGCCGACCUCAUGGACAUGUGGGCGCUGGUGCACAGCAACCUCACCUGCUCCCGCAAGCUCCAGGUUCUUUAGCCUCGGCUCUGAGGGAGCCGGUGCCGGCCGGCCCAGGGCUGCUUCACACACCUCUCUGCCGACUGGAAUGCCCGCCAGGGGCCCCCGGUGGAAGGUCAGCCCAGCCCGGGCGGACCCACCAGGGAAGCAGCUCUUGCUUUGGGAAGUGGCCAGGAAGCUGCUGGGACUUUGGGUCAUGGGUGGGUCUCCUUGGCCCUGGGGGUGGAGGUCAGGAGCCAGGGAGUUUGCUGACCUCGGAAAGCUCCCACACCACCUUGCUCAGGUGCCACUGUCUUUUUGUUUAGUUUUGUUUUGGUUUUUAAAGAAACUCACCUUCCACCAGGAGACAAAACUGCCUUUCCUUGGGUUGGGCAGAGGGGCUGAUGAGUGACAGAUGAGAGGAGACCCCAGGGUUUCCUCUAGCUCUGACAUCCCACUCCCCAGGUACAACACAGGUAAAUAUUCUAGUCCCAGGAAA